CCUUCGCCGAUCUUCUCCCCAAUUUCUCAUUCUUCCACAGAUUUUGAAUUUGAUUCUCAGCUCAUCCCUCCUAAUUUCAUUCACACAAGCUUCAUAUAUCUCCAGGAUUCUUGCUACUCUUGCAUUUCUUUAACAUCUUCCCCUUCAAUCUUUGGUGGGUUUUCAGAAACAUGGGAGAAGAACAGAACACUUGUGUUAAUAAAUCCCAGAUUGUCUCUGAAUCCUCAUGUCAAGAAGAAGAGUUGCAGUUGAUUCCAGGUCUGCCAGAUGAAAUAGCCAUGGAGUGUCUGAUCAGAGUCCCUUAUCAAUUCCAUUCUAAUAUGAAAUCAGUUUGCCAUUCUUGGCAAAAAUUGAUUUCCCAUCCUUUUUUUUAUCAACAGAGGCUCAAAUCUGGUUCUUCUGAGCGUCUUGUGUGUCUUGUCCAGCCUCUUCCCCAGUUGGAUUCCACUGAUUCACUCACCACUGCCUCCGCCACCGCCACCGCUGCUGCUGUAACCAGUAAGGAAGAGAAGCAGAUCCAGAGCUCACCGCAGUUUGCUUUGAGCAUCUACAACGCCACCCACGAUAUUUGGCAAAGGACAAGGCCUCAGGGAGGGAUCCCCAUGUUUUGUCAGUGUUUGGCGCUGCCAUCGUCGGGGAAAGUACUCCUUUUGGGCGGCUGGGAUCCCACCACUCUAGAACCUGUCCCCGAUGUUUACAUCGUGGAUCUCACUGGGGCUGAUGGCUGCAGGUGGAGACGUGGGGCGUCAAUGUCUGUGUCACGCUCGUUUUUCGCUUGUGCCUUGGUUGGACCAUCCAAAGUUUUUGUGGCCGGAGGCCACGACAGUCAGAAGAACGCCUUACGAUCGGCGGAGGUUUAUGAUGUUGAUAAAAACGAAUGGAGAAAGCUACCGGAUAUGAUUGAAGAGAGGGACGAAUGUCAGGGGCUGGCCUGGGACGGCGAUUCCAGGUUCUGGGUUGUGAGUGGUUAUGGCACAGAGACCCAAGGGCAGUUCAGGUCCGAUGCCGAGUUCUAUGACCCAGAUACAGAGUCAUGGUCCAAGGUUGAUGGGUUUUGGCCCUUUUCAAGUACUAGCCCCAGAGGCGCCACCGCCAUGGUUAGUAUAAACAGAAAUCAAUUCCAACGGUGGUGGUUCUUCGGAGGAGAGCAACAACAAUUACAUCAGCAGAGAAGAAUCUGUGGAGAAAUGAAGGGAACUGAGAACAUGAGAUGGGAAAUAGUGAAUUCAAUUCUACUUCCAGAGCGUAUAACUGGAACAAAUCCCUGUAUGAUCAGCCUUGGAGAUGAUGAUGAUAAGGUUAAUAAUAAUAAUAAUAAUCACAGUGUGUUUGUGAUGAGUGGCAGUGUCAGGAGAUCACCAUCAUCAAAAUCAUGUUCAUGUAAUGAAUGUGAUUAUGAAGGAGCAUUCAUCUUGGAGAGUGAUUGCAGUAAUGGCACAACCAAGUGGAACCAUAUCCACACUCCUGCAGGAUUUUCUGGGUUUCCAUUCUCAGUUUGUUAUGUCACCAUCUGAGGUUAGAGGAAUUUGCUUAUUCACUUGGGUUUCAUGAGAUGAGAGAGCUUUUUGAUAUAUUUUAAGGUAGUGAAGAGUGUUAAAAGCAUAUGAAGCUAUUGCUGAUGGUGUGUGCUGCAAUGUUAUUUUGCUAAUCAAAUAGAUGGAAGACAAAACCCUAAUAGAUCCAAGUAAAACUAGCAAUAUGAUGUACUUAAAAAUCAAAGAAAAUAUUGAGGUAGGGCAUAGUAUGUUUCUUCCCACUCA